AUGCUUGAGAAACUGCCUCAAGAGCAACAUUCAGUGGGAAGUGUUUCUGCAAGAAUUGGUUGGUUGCUUCUGUUGACAAGCAAGGUGGAAGAGGCAAUUCCUUACUUGGAAGAUGCUGCAGAAAGAUUAAAAGAGAGUUUUGGUUCCAAGCAUUUUGGAGUGGGUUAUGUUUAUAAUAACUUGGGAGCACCGUCCUCAUCAUGCGGAUUCAAUAGAAGCGUGUCAGAACCUUUCAAAAGCAUAUGCUGCCGUGGGAAGGUAGUUGAAGCUUGGGAGGGCCACGGACCAAGUGCUCAAGAUGACCUCAAAGAAGCUAUUCGAGCUCUUGAACAAUUAAAGUCAAAAGCUCGUGGUUCAUCCACCGAGUCUGUUACGAAGGCCUUGCCUUUGCCCCGUGACAGUGAAGGUAUCUCUGGGAGGAAUCUCAAGUCUCGUGUUUCCAUCAUGGAAAGUCGGAUCUUGUUUGUUGUUUAUUCUACUUCACACAUGAUGACUUUUAUUGGCUAUAUUAUCCAGUUUGUUGCUGAUGAUAUAUCCGGUCCGACUACAGACGGCCGGGCAUGUAUAGAUCCUCGCUCAUUUUGA